GAGAGUGUGUGGGUGUGUGCGUGUCAUGCUGCGUGUACGGCUUGCUUAGUGGCUGUUCCAUACACAGUCCAUACACACACUGCCAGCUUCAUACAUUCAUACAGCUGUCAGUGCUGCUGUCAGGACUGUUGUUGUUGCUGCUGCUGUUGCUGCCGCCCCCCACCUCCCCCCUCUUGCUGCUCCCCCUCACCGCCGUGGUGGGGGGCGUGGGGGUGCUCUGGAGCUCCCUGAUGCUGGGGGAGUUCUCCCCCCUCUGGCUCCUGGGGGAACUUGUCGGCUCCCGUCCUGGUCUAGGGUGGGGGCGCGUGCUGCUGUUGUGCUGGUGGACCGCAUGCAGUGUGGUGGCCUGGCUCACCACUAAGUGGGUCUAUAGGUCAUACCUGUACCCGUGGUACGCAAGACAUACCAUUAACCUGUCACCUCUCCCAGGUACCGUGCAGUACCAGUACCCGUGGUACGCAAGACGUACCAUUAACCUGUCACCUCUCCCAGGUACCGUGCAGUACCAGUACCCGUGGUACGCAAGACGUACCAUUAACCUGUCACCUCCUCCCAGGUACCGUGCAGUACCAGUACCCGUGGUACGCAAGACGUACCACGUACUCGCCGUGGUCGUGUGCGUCGCAGGGGUCGCCGUAGACGCGGCCUUCCUUCACUUGGCCUCCGUCGCGGCGACCAUCGCUUGCCUCAUCGCCGAGGUUGUUCGUGUUUUGGACGUAGCGUACGUAGCACCGACUUUAAGUUCGGCCUUCGCCAGCUUCUUGGACGAAAAAGACCGCAGUGGCCGCUUGAUCCUAUCACCGAUCUACCUUCUUGUCGGCCUCAGUCUACCUCUGUGGCUUCUACCUCUACCUCUACCCCACUGUCCCCCCUCAAUCUACUGCUCUCCGUGUGGGAACAACUUUCUACCCUUCACCCCCUCUUACAUUGACCCCCUCUUUCGAAAUUUUGACUCUGAAAACUCGAUUUUAAAAGAUGAAAGCGAAAUUCUUAAUCCCGAAAACGGGAAAUGUUUUAAUGUAGGAACAGAGCGAUUUGAUUAUGAAAAUAACAACCAAUUAAUAGAGAAUUUUUCAAUUAGUUCUUCGCAAAUGAUUUUACUCCAACUGGCUGGGGUUCUCGCUGUUGGUAUCGGGGAUACCUUCGCUAGUAUCGGUGGUAUUCGCUAUGGUAGACAUAAAUACCCUGGCUCUAAUAAGACCAUCGAGGGCAGUGCGUGUGGUAUCGCAAGUCAAGUGAUGGUAAUAGUGGUAUUGGUGGUGUUGGGUUGGGUUAACGUCGGCUACCAUGCUAUGGUAUGGUGGAUGGGUGUGGUUAUAACCAUAUUUUCAACAUCCAUUGUUGAAGCUUUCACUAAUCAAGUGGAUAAUUUGGCACUUCCGUUGAUUACGUUUACAGGAUUCUGCAUAACUGAAUAUUUGGCGGCUGUAUGAAUAACUUGAAACUUUUCUUUUAAAUGAAAUUUGAUUGUCAUUCGAAUUUUCCUGUGAUAAUUGAGCUUCCGCCUAGUCUAAUCAUUGGAAAAAGUUGGUGCUUUUUCCUUUGUAAAUACAUCGUUGAGCCUCAAUGUGCUCUGCUCUCUACUAACUCUGAAAAUAGCGAAAAAAUUUAUCGUGUUUCCUAUAUUAAAUACACUGUUAGAAAAAACGGUGAAAAAACGGUCCCACUGG